AUGUAAAUAAGGCACGCAUCGGGUUUUAGCGCCAUCCAGCCGGCUAGCAAUCUCUUGGCAGUCAUCGAGGAGGCGAAGCACGGCAAAUAAGCAUGGCUUGUAGGGCGCUGGGACUUUUACGAAAUUAUCCUCAUCUGAUUUCCUCGAUCCGAGGAAACUCAGUGAGGACCUUCUCGCUCUCAAGCAUGCGUCAAUUGAAGCACCUUAAGUACGACGUGAAAGAUGGCGUCGCCGUCAUACGAUUUGACUCGCCCAAUUCAAGGGUCAAUUCACUGAAUGCUGAAGUCAUGGAGGAUGUGAAAGUCAUCUUGGAAGACUUCACGAACAACGGUUCAGUGUCCAGCGCCGUGCUGAUCUCCUCGAAGCCCGGCUGCUUCAUCGCUGGCGCAGAUAUCUUGAUGCUGGACAAAUGCAAGUCGGCAGCAGAAGGCGCUCGUCUUUCCCGUGAGGCCCAGGAAUUGGUCCAGAAACUGGAAGACAGCCGCAAGCCUAUUGUUGCAGCCAUCAUGGGUUCGUGCCUUGGAGGUGGCCUGGAGGUUGCGAUGGCCUGCCAGUACCGGAUAGCAGUCAAGGACCGGAAAACGGUCCUCGGUCUUCCAGAGGUAAUGCUUGGAAUUCUGCCCGGAGCUGGCGGCACUCAGCGUCUUCCAAAACUUGUCCAGCUUCCAACAGCGUUGGACAUGAUGCUUACUGGCCGAAAUCUCCGUGCAGAUCGUGCCAAAAAGAUUGGGCUUGUUGAUCAAACAGUGGAGCCUUUGGGUCCUGGAAUAAAACCCAUAGAUGAACGGAUGAUCGAGUACCUCGAAGAAGUUGCGAUUCAGGCUGCCAAGGGCCUCGCCGAUGGAUCACUGAAGCCAAACCGAACACGUCCGCUGACGGAGCGUUUAAUGAACAAAGCACUCCAGUAUGAACUGGUACGGAACAUGGUAUUUGACAAGGCAAAGGGCCAGGUGAUGAAGAUGACGCAAGGACUGUACCCAGCACCACUGAAGAUUCUUGAGGUUGUUAAAACUGGUGUCGUGAAGGGCCCCAAGUUUGGCUACGAAGCCGAACACUCGGGCUUUGGUGAACUGUGUGUCACACCACAGUCCAAGGGGCUCAUGGGGUUGUACUUUGGCCAAGUUACCUGCAAGAAGAACCGCUUUGGAAAGCCACAGAAUGAAGUCAAGAAAGUGUACAAGCCAAAAUCGAGGGUGGGCAUCCUCGGAGCUGGCCUCAUGGGUGCUGGAAUUGCACAAGUCUCCGUGGAUAAAGGCUGGAGUGUGGUGCUCAAGGACACCGCGCAGAAAGGACUGACACGUGGCGAGCAGCAAGUCCGCAAGGGUCUGGACGAAGGCGUCAAGAAGAAGCGCUUCUCCCCCUAUGAGCGGGAUCUCUACAUGUCAGCGCUUGAGCCCACGCUCAACUAUGAACACUUCAAGUCAACCGAUAUUGUCAUUGAAGCUGUGUUCGAAGACCUUGCCGUCAAGCACUCUGUGCUGAAGGAAGUGGAGCAGGUCAUUCCGGCGCACUGCGUCUUCGCAUCCAACACCUCUGCACUGCCCAUUUCCAAGAUUGCCCAGGCUAGCAAAAGACCUGAAAAGGUGGUGGGCAUGCACUACUUCUCCCCCGUCGACAAGAUGCAGCUUCUGGAGGUCAUCACCCACGAGAAGACGUCGCAGGACACUGCAGCCACUGCCGUCGCCGUGGGGCUCAAACAGGGCAAGGUGGUCAUCACAGUCAAGGAUGCACCUGGCUUCUACACGACGCGUAUCCUGGCAGCAAUGUUGGCUGAAGCCAUCAGGCUUCUGCAGGAGGGAGUCACGGUCAAGGAGCUGGACUCUGUGACCAAGAAGUUUGGCUUCCCCGUUGGUGCGGCUACGCUGGUCGACGAAGUGGGCAUCGACGUGGCCGAGCACAUUGCCGAGUACCUGAGCAAAGAGUUUGGCACCCGAUUCCAAGGCGGCAACCCGCAGAUCCUCAAGGACAUGGUUGCAGCGGGAUUCCUGGGACGCAAGUCGGGCAAGGGCUGCUACAUCUACAAGCCUGGUGUCAAGGAUCGGCCUAUCAACGCUGAGGCAGAAAGCAUGCUCAAGAAGUACUCCCUGCCAAAGAAGCUCGACAACACAGUGGAGGAGCUCCAGUUUCGGCUAGCAAGUCGGUUCAUCAACGAAGCCGUCCUCUGCCUGCAGGAAGGUGUUCUAGCCAAUCCAGUUGAAGGUGACAUUGGCGCUGUGUUUGGCCUGGGCUUUCCACCAUUCUUGGGCGGCCCAUUCCACUUCAUCGACACAUACGGCGCAGACAGGCUCGUCCAGUGGAUGGACAAGUUCACGCAAACAUUUGGACCAGAGUUUCAGCCUUGUCAACUUCUAAGGGACCACGCCAACGACACUGCCAAGAAGUUCCACGCAAGGAACAAGUAGACGUUCAUCUCAUCACCUAGCACCGCCGUCAGACGGUCACCGCUACUACUAGUUUUGAUUGUGUACUUGGUGAUUUGCUUAGAGGACUGCCGCAUGGGAUGUAAAUAUUGAUUGUAGGGGAAGCAUGUCUUUUUAUGUUGACGUUUUGAGUUAAGAGUGUAUUUUGAAAAUGACUGUUUCUCUUCUGU